UAUGCACUUAAAUAAGCCACAAGUAGGAUCAUCCUCCGGUCUAGUCCGGGCAAAAGGAAACGCAGCUAUGUAUACAGUUCACUGGCGUUAAGAGAAAUCACGUGACCAAAAACUGCUGUAGCAGUUGGUCAUUAUCGGUCACAUGUUGUUUACUGCUGAAAUUUGAACGUCAACGUAAAAAGGCACCUUGAGUGAUAUGUUUUGCACGUUUGCUCUUUCGUACUUUGCUGAACUGUCUAUGCAAUGGCUAUAAUAACGGACUUACCCAUUAAUGUGAUUAUUAUCAUCUUGUGCAAUAAGAGCAUCAGCUUUAAGGAUAUUAUAAGUUUAGCUCUCUCAUGCAACAAAUUUUACAAGUUAUUAACCACUGACAAUGAACUUUGGCAGAAGAAAUUUUAUCAGAGAUGGCCUCAUCUAAGAGAAGAAUAUGACGAACAACUGUGCCUAGAAAAUAAAAGUUUUCUUGAACAAGUAAAAGCAGGUGUAAAAUGUAAGAAAGAAUUAUGGUAUUACUUGUCGGUGAAAUCUAGACACGAUUAUUAUUAUUACCAAAAUUACAAAGAUUAUUAUUACGAAAAUUUCGAAGAUUAUGAUUACGAAAAUUACGAAGAUUAUGAUUACGAAAAUUACAAUGAUUAUGAUUUUGAUGUUGAAUUUAGGCAUUUUUGUUCACUGUUUGAUCCAGAUAAAGGCGCAUAUUUUAUGAAUUAUUAUUUCUUUGUAAAUGAGCUGAUGAGCUCGAUUACAGGUCCUCUAAUAGUAUUUAAUUUCACACGAAGAUUUCACGCAAUAAAUCUUCUUUCAUACCUGCACUAUUAUCGUUUAAGGAAGAAGGUACACGAAUUUCUAAAUUAUCCUGAAAAACAACAGAUUUUAGAAAAAGCAGUCUUUAUUGUAGCACAAUGGUAUCAACCCGUGCAUCAACCCCAGAAAUAUAUGUCUUACUUGUAUGUGAGUACGUCACUGCAUAAGAUUACAGAGCAGGUAUUGGAGUGCCUUCGAAAUGAAUAUCCUGCGCAUCCAAUAUGCUCAAUAUCAGAAGAGCAGCUUUCUUUUUGGGAAAACAGUAAUAUCGAUGAUAAUCAUUGGAAUAGCAUAGAAGGAAGACAGAUUAUAGAGAGUCUUUGUAAAGUUUUAUAUGAUAAAUUACGUUUUCGUGGAACUGUAUGUUACAUUUGUUCGAGUGAGAGUAACAUUUUCAAAUACUCUUGCAUAGAUCGCGUUUUUAAACAUAAAAUUGGUACCAGUGUAAUUCUGGCAACAAUAUAUCAUAGUGUGGCGAGAAGACUUGGAAUACGCUGCGAUAUAAUAUUCCACAAAUUUAAGGAGGAGUUCUUCUUAUGCUGGAGAGCGAAAUAUCAUACCACAAAUCUCAAAGAAGAAGAAUGUUUUGACAUUGAAUUCAUGCGUAAUGAACAAACAGUCGGUACAAAUGACUGUCCUAUAAUUAAUAUUGCAAAAUAUGAUAUUGAUGAAUAUACGAAGAAAAGUCCUGUAGAGCUUUGCUUAUGUCAUAAUCUUUAUUUCAAGGUGAUGACAUAUAUGAAUACUGGUUUGUAUUUAGAAAUUGGUGCCAUAGAAAGUGCAACACGAACGUAUGGGGAAUUACAGAAUCUAAUAGAGCAGUACAUUUGUAAUUGAAGAACUAGGUCUCAUAUAUGUACAGCAUCAGACGGAUUUAUCCAAUCUCAUAAUUAUGUUGCAGAAGAUUCGGGUACCCUAAUAAAAAUAUUUUUCUGAAAAUUUAACGAAAUUUUGCUGAAAUGUAUUUGAAAAUUUCUCUCAAUUUACCCCA